CAUCUCCCAUGCUCCUCCUCUGCAGGAGGCAGACAGUCAUGCGGAUGGAAACAGGAGUGGGCAUCCGCUGCUCUGCACGAAGAAGAAACUUCGAGGGAAGAUGCACGAAGAGGAGGAUGGCAGCGAAGCAAACUCCUGCUCAGCCUCACGGAUCGUGGCCUCCAGAUCUGUGGAUGUGGCCGAGGUAGAGGGAGCGAAGGAGCAGGCCUGCAAGCUGUGCGGGUACUUGAACAAACUAUCCGGCAAGGGGCCUCUAAGGGGGUACAAGCCGAGGUGGUUCGUGUAUGACCCGAGGAAAUGUUAUUUGUAUUACUUCAAGACUCCUCAAGAUGCAUUGCCACUCGGGCACAUCGAAAUAGGCGAUGCGUCCUUCAGCUACGACGUGGAGGUGGAAGAGGGGCAGUUUGAGAUCCGCACAGCCGGGAAGGAGUUCCUCCUGAAGGCCCCCAACAGACAGGUGAUGCAUUACUGGCUGCAGCAGUUACAGCAGAAACGUUGGGAGUACAGCAACACACGAGGAUCCGGUCAGAGAGACAGCUGGAGCUCCCCGACACUGGCUUACCCUCCCACCGGCCUCGUAGGCAAAGACAACGAUGCGAUUGUCUUUGAGAAGCUAAGCGACAGCAUGGAGAAGGUCCGCAGUGACUUUGCCAUGGAGACAGAAACGGACAGUGGGGGAAUGGUGGGGAUCCAGUCAGCCAGAGGAACUUCUGCUGCGCCCACAAACCCCCUCAACUUCUCCUUCAGAAACUUUGGUACAGAACUCAGGAACUCCAUGUCUUAUCUGCGGCCAGGGAGAGGAGGCGAGAACAGACGCAGUGUGUUUUACACUGGCAACAGCAACAGCAGCACAGAGGAGUGGGAGCUGGUGGAUGCUCCACCCAAGGACUUCCCCGAACAGAAACCUCAUCCAGACACACACAGACAUUCCUUUGGAUCAGCAUUUCCUUUUGACUUUGGGCGCAACUCAUCGCGGCCAAAGAGGCCUUUGCUUCGAGACAUGAUGGGCUCUGGGAGAUUUGGACGUGGCGGUGAGACACGCAGUGCCGAGAACUCCCCAGUGGAGUGUAACGGCAGCAAAUCUUUGGAGAUGCAGCUUCGCCUUCAGAGCCAGCAGGAAGAACUAAGCAGUAUGCAGCAGGAACAGACCAAACUGAGAGAAGAGCUGGCCAGUCAGAAGGAGCUGGUGAGACUGCUGCAGCAGACGCUGAGGACAUCCCAGUGCGACAGGCAGUCAGUGCACCGUCCUCCUCCUCCAGCUCCAGAUGCAUCUUCUUCUUCAGACCAUACUCCGGGUCCAGCAGUAACCACGAAAGAUGUCACGCAGAUGGAGGCUCUGCUUCAGGAGAGAGAUGGACAAAUCCAAUCCCUCUGUUGCCACAUGGAGCGUCUCGCCUUGGAGAAGGAAAGUCUGCAACAAGAGCUGAAAGGCCUGAAAAUAAAGGUGGGGGAGAUAAACGACCAGCUGGGGAUGCUGAUGGAGACCAUCCAGGCCAAGGAUGAAGUCAUCAUCAAGCUGUCACAGGAGAGCUCGGAGCAGAGCUGUAAUCCAAACGACGGAGGUUCACCAUCUCCUAACAAAGAUCAGCAGGAGCUGGACAUCCUCAAGGACAGUCUUCAAGGCUACAAGUCCCAGAACAAGUUCCUGAACAAAGAGAUACUGGAGCUGACAGUAUUACGCAGAAAUGCAGAGAGUAGAGAAAAGGCGUUAGAAGCAAAGUAUACGGCCCUGGAGGCCAAGUUGUGUCAGGUGGAGAGUAAGUAUCUGGUGCUGCUUCAAGAAGUCAAGACCCCAGUGUGUUCGUCUUCAGAGCAGAGUCCAGCCCGCGAGGUCAUUUCCAGAUUAUUAGAGGAUGCACUUCAGGCAGAGUCCCCCGACCAGCAAGAGCACCCCAUCUUCAAACCAAAUACUGUCAGUGAGUAUGACGUGUUUGGCUUCAAGACGGUCCCCGAGGAGGAGGAAGAAGAGGAGAAGCUGGUUGCGAAGGUGAGGGCGCUCGAACUCAAGUCCCUAUCCAUGACAGAUCAGGAAGUAUCCGUCGGGGUGAAGUGGGAGAACUAUCUGGCCAGCACCAUGAACAGAGAUCUGGUGCGCUCCCCUGAGCUCAAAGCCCUGAUUCGCUGCGGUGUGCCCCACGAGCACCGCUCCCAGGUGUGGCGCUGGUGUGUCUCCUUCCAUGUCAAAAAGUUCAGGGACCACUUGGCGCCCGACUAUUAUGAGACCUUACUAAACGUGGCCCGGGACAAGCCCAACCCGGCCUCGAAGCAAAUCGAGCUGGACUUGCUGCGUACUUUGCCAAACAACAAGCACUAUUCCUCCCCGAGUGCAGGCGGCAUCCAGAAACUCAGGAACGUCCUGAUGGCUUUCUCCUGGAGGAAUCCAGAUAUCGGCUACUGCCAAGGACUGAACAGGCUGGCAGCUAUUGCCCUGCUCUAUCUGGACCAAGAGGAUGCCUUCUGGAGCCUUAUUGCCAUUGUAGAGGUUUUCAUGCCAAGAGACUAUUACACCAAGACUCUGCUUGGCUCACAGGUUGACCAACGUGUGUUCAAGGACCUGAUGAGUGAGAAGCUCCCCCGGCUUCAUGCCCACUUUGAGCAGUACAAGGUAGACUUCUCCCUCAUCACCUUCAACUGGUUCCUGGUGGUGUUUGUGGACAGUGUGGUGAGCGACAUCCUCUUCAAGAUCUGGGAUGCCUUUCUGUUUGAAGGUCCAAAGAUCAUAUUUCGCUUCGCCCUCGCUCUCUUCAAACACAAAGAGGAAGAGUUUUUGAAGUUGCAGGAUUCCACAACCAUCUUCAAAUAUCUAAGAUGCUUCACACGCACAAUCCUGGACUCGAGGAAGCUGAUGAACAUCGCCUUUGUGGACAUGAACCCAUUCCCCAUGCGCCAAAUCCAGAACCGACGCUCCUUCCACCUGGAGAAAGUCCGCCUUGAGCUGACAGAGCUGGAGACGAUCAGACAGACCUUCCUCAGGGAGAGAGAGACAAGUCAGGAUGGACGGAGCUUCGUCAGUGAUGAUGAGGAGGAUAACUGACCUCGAGCUUAUGUCACAUAUGCCCGUCCUCGUGGCAUGAAGUAUGAAGACGAGGAGAUCAUAAGCGCCAUGCCAGUGAUGUGCUGUAAAAGGAUUUUUUUUUCCUAAAGAGUUGGUCCCUAAAUCAUCUGGAACAAUCAACUUUCUUUGUGUUUUAAGUGACAUUGCAUCAAAAGACCCAAACUUUACAGGCCAAAUGGGCUUUCUAUCAGUAUUCCUGCCAUUUCUUUAUUUUUUUUAAAAGUCUUAUUUGUUUUGUCUUUAUGUCACCGUAUGCUUCCGUGCCAAGCUACAUUCUUGCAGUCCAAAUCAGUAUUUUUACAAACAUGGUUGUGAUCUUUCAGUAGUUGGAGAUUUUAACGCCGUUUUGAAGGAAUAUUUUUUUCUUUUCUUUUCAUGGAGAUUCAGAUUUAUUUUCUUUUGCUUUCUCUGCCCUUCUUCCACCAAUGUCUUAAAAUAGUUUUUUUUUUAGAUAUAUUUUACACAUCGCCACUCAACAACACAUUUUUUCGUGUUUGAUCUCAGUGUGUCUUGAUGUGCUUCAAUCACUUAUGCUGAAAUUCUGCAUAAAUCCUAAUAGUUAAGUCUUGGAGCUGUCUGAUCAAAAGGUUAUUCCCAAAUUGUUCUUAUCACUCUGGCCCCUAAGAGAUUUGUUUGUUUGUGGUUCAAAAGACUUGCCCUCAAACCUGGGAUCAGAAAGGAAAUUUUUCCCAUGUUGCAUAAACAGCAUGUGUAAUAUUUGAGGGAAGACUUUGCUUGUAUUAUUUUUUUUUAUCUUAGGAUUCAGAUAAAAAGAAAACAGCCACACACCAACUAACCCAUCAUUUUAAUGAUGUCAGACAGUGUUGUCUUUCUAAGUAAUUUUUUUUUAAUUCCAUUUUGUCUAAACAUAUCUUGCAGAUUCUCAUUAUUGGAAUUUCAUUCUCAAUAUUGUCCCCUUAAAGAGAAAAAGAUUCAUUAUGUUUUUGUUUACCUCCUCUUCCAAGUCCCAUCCAUGUUGCAUUGCCAUGUUUUCUAGCUCAGAACGAACAAACCAAAUGCUGGUUCCAGAUAGGAUUUUGUUGUUGCACCUUUCGCGGCCACCGUAGCUUCUCCUUUGCACUUAACAAGAGGGCAAGUGGAGGGUGUUGCAAUCCACCACUAUAUGCCAAAAUCCAAAUUAGAGGCAGUAUGAGUAGGAUUUGUUAGUUGCUGUUUGUAAAUGAAUGAUUCAAAGUUUGGCCCUCCUCCCAGCUUUAUCUCCACACACACACAUCUCUACACAACCUGACAAGAUGAAGAAGCCUGAUUCGUCCUAUCUGCUGUGGCUUGUGUAUGUGUGUGUGUGGAGCUGUCUGACUGACACUCGGAUUGUCCUUACGUUUUUUUUUUUUGUCCCGACCAAGUCCUAAACUCACCAAAAUGAAUGCUCAGAAACGUCCCAAACGCACCUAAAUAAUAAAACAUACAGACAGAGAGCAGGGUCCUAGUCAUUAUGAACUUCAAGUAUUUCCCCAUAGACACAUAAUGCAUAAGGACCACUGGAUUUCUUGAGGAGAAUUGGUGAUGAUUGACAUUGAUUCCUUUUAAUUACCUCAUUAUCUGACUGAUUUCUACUUCUCUGAGCAUUAAGAUCAUUUGCUGUUGAAAUACCCCUGCCUAGACGUACUGCUUUUAAGUGUUUUAUUAAUGUUCUUAAUUUUUCCAACCAUUAGCAGGGGUUAUGUUAUGUGUUUUAAAAGAUUCAGUUUACCCAGACUUAACACCUACUUUCCCAGAUUUACCGUCCACAAUUUACAUUCAGAAUGCUGGGAUUACUUUUCUGAGCCCUGUUUGAAAAUGCUGAUGUGUUUACAUCCAUUGUCCUCAGUGUGGCAGUAUAACAUUUGUUUACGCCAGCUCACAGGUACCCACCAUACAGUAUCAUAUGUGUUUAUUGUACUGUAGUUCAGCUUUGGGAGAAAUGGCUGUAAAGUCCGCCUGUCACCAUUGAUUGUUGUGCGAAAUAUGAUCUGUAAUCUUUCAGGGGAAGUAUUUCAGAAGAUUGCUAGACACAUGUGGCAACAUCUUUCUGUCUUCCACAUCCAGGUACUUGGAGAUAACGGUUUACUCUUUAACAUUGUGGCCCUAUUGUUUAUUACACCUGAAUUACAACUAAUACAGGAUGAAAAAGUUGAUUUCCCGCAAAUCAAAACUUUCUUAGAAAGAAACCAUGUUUAGAUUUGUGUUGUUAAAAUGGGAAUCCACGAGAGAGGAACAAGAUUUUCGUGCUUCACCCCUUCUCUUGUAUGCUGAUAUAUUGUUUACAGUUUGUUAUAACUUUUAUUUUUCUCUGUUUUACUACAGUAUUUUCAGCCAUAGCAUCACCCCGAACUUUUUUGUUGGGCCACCUGAACUUAUGAACAAAAUGGCAGAAUUGUGGUUGUUCUGAUGAUGGAAAUGUGAAUGGGAAAAAAAAAAAGACCUGUGAAAAUGGCAGUCAAAUUCAUUUUUCUUCACGAGAGCAGGCCUCUCUGGAGAUCAGAUUUGAAUCAGUCGAAGAUGAAAAGUUUUCUUAGGUCCGCUCAUUUUGUCAAAGGGCUCAUACAGUACAUUGUUAACGUUUACUGAUAUUUCAUUGCACAACUUCUCUUCUAAAGCUUGUUUGCUACCGGCCACACUUUCACAUUGAAUAAGCUACGUUUAAUGUUAUCUUUUAUUUCUUUCCUUUCUUUCUUUUGCUUUUCCCAUCAAUGUAUUGCAAAUGUGUGGACAAAUGACAUCAAAUUAUCAUAGGGCACUUCACUUUUUUUUUUAUGUAAAUCUCUAUGGUAUUUUGUUCAAUGUUAAUCGGUAUCAUUUAAUGAUAGAAAAGCGCAAAGCUUUCAUAUCACAGCCUUAAGUACACGCAGCUGUAUGUUUUUGUAUUACGAGUUCAAAUUCAAUAAACAGUGGCUGACUGAA